GUCACGGUGGCACCUUUGCGCACAUCCAGAUACAGUUGAUGUAACCUGAAUAAAUGAUUCGUUGUAGGAAAACUACGUUCAUUGUAGAUUACAUAUUUUAACUACAAGAGCAAAAUGUUGAAUUGUAUCAAUAUGAUAUUACAAAAGAAUUUAUUGCUAUGAAUAAAUACGACGUUCUUGGCAUCGUUGGAGAAGGUGCAUAUGGUGUCGUAAUGAAAUGUAGAAAUAAGGAAACAAAUGAAGUUGUUGCUAUUAAGAAAUUCAAAGACAGUGAAGACAAUGCAGAUGUAAAGAGAACUACAAUGAGAGAACUAAGGGUUUUAAAAAUGUUGAAACAAGAAAAUAUUGUGCAACUUAGAGAAGCAUUCCGAAGAAGAGGAAAAUUGUACCUGGUUUUUGAAUAUGUUGAAAAGAACAUGCUGGAAUUACUUGAUGAGAUGCCAAAUGGUGUCCCAGUGACUAGGUUAAGAGGACAUAUAUUUCAACUCAUUAAAGCUAUACAUUGGUGUCAUCAAAAUAAUGUUAUACAUAGAGAUAUAAAACCUGAGAAUUUGUUAAUCAGCAAAGAUGACUCACUAAAAUUAUGUGAUUUUGGCUUUGCUCGUGCAAUGUCAUCCAAUUCAUCAGCUCCAUUCACAGAUUAUGUUGCAACUCGCUGGUAUAGGUCUCCAGAGUUAUUGCUUGGGGGUUCUUAUGGUAAGCCAGUGGACAUCUGGGCAAUAGGUUGCAUUCUGGGUGAAUUGGCCGAUGGUCAGCCUGUAUUUCCUGGUGAAAGUGAAAUUGACCAGCUUUACACGAUACAAAAGGUUCUGGGACCUCUUCCUCCAGAUCAAAUGGAAAUGUUUCGUAAUAACCCUCGCUUUAAGGGACUAAAGUUUCCUGAUGUGUCGAGACCUCAGACUCUGUUUAAGAGAUACAAUGGCAUCCUAAAUUCGAAUCUUCUUCAAUUUUUGACGCAAGCCUUACAAUUAACUCCUCAGCAAAGACCAAAUAUUGCUGAAUGUAUGCAGCACAAAGCAUUUACAAAUGAAACAAACUGUGACGAGGACUUGACGCAACAAUCCAAUGGAAAAUGUGGAAUAUCAACUGAUCUUGCUUCGGACACUUCUGAACGCCAGGAACAAGGGACUAUAAACGAGAAUCUUGAGAUUUCAGACGUAGCAGAUGACACAAAACCUAUCAAAGAAAGUUUUCAUAGUACUACAGAACCUCAGGAAUUGUUGUUAAAAAGCACGAUAUCUGAGCCGCAACUGAAAUUAGAUUUCUCAUUGUUGAAUAAGAAUGAACUAAAAAUGAAACCACCUGAACCAAGAGAACUAUCAAAAUAUCAUGUUUCUAGUUCAUUGGGAAAUGAAUGGAAUUUUUCAGAUGGAAAACCAUUCAUACCGACUGGCAGCGGACGAGUUAAAGAAAUGCAAUCCAUUAUUCCAGAUGAAAGCAGUAAUACUUUGGAACGUGGAAUCAGACAGGGAGAGGUCGCUGAGAAUUAUGGAUUGCUUCCAAGCAAGGAAUAUGGCUUGAAAGAAGGUACCACCAUUCAUGAACAUUUAAUAUCUCCAAGAGAUAUGCCAACAUCGCCCACUGUUGUACAAGAGAGAAAAUCUGAUCUUGGCUUGCCAACUUGCCAUCCAAGAGAAAAAAAAGAACGAAGAAAAAAGAAGAAAAGAUCAAACCAGGUGUCAGUAAAGGAACAAAACAUAUAUGACUUUCCUACACCAGAUAUGGCUAGUGAUGAAAUAAGGCAUGAAGUCGGUAGUAAGGAGGAUGAUUUACCGGCUACUUUUUCUAAUUUCUAUUCACCUGGAUCUCUACACAAGACUCAGCUGAAACCUCUCAAUUACACGAUAAACAGCAUAUCACUUCGUGAAACAAGACAUCCUAAAGUUCAAAGAUCUUUUCAAAAACCAUAUUUACCACCACCACCUAGUAUACCGCGACAUUUACUGCGGGCAGACACGCGAUACAUGAUGACUCACACUGAUCACGCUGAAUUGGUUGAACCUGAACUACAAGGAUUAAAACUAAACAAUAAACAAUCUGCUUUUUUAAAAGAAGGAUUACCACAAAGCCCGGGACUGAAACCUCUACAAACACAUAAGGACUGGCGGAAUCGUCCUGAUAGAAGUGGAAAUACUGAUCUAAGUUCUUUAAAGGAGACACUUCUCUGACAACUCGGAUUCUCCUCCCCCUACCCAAAAAUGUUAUAAUUUUUAUAUAAGUAAGUCCAA